AACACACAUCAGGAAAAAUACUUUAUAUUCGAUGAUAAUACAAUCGAAAGUAUAAUAAGUACUGUGAUAACUCCUGAUGAGCAAAAGGAAAUUGAAAGUCUUACUUUCCUUCCACUGGUAGACUUGGUUAAACCCGGUAUAAAAAAGCAUAAAGACAAUAAAGCCCCACGUUCCCAAAACGUAUUUGUAAUCUUCCGUAAAGACCAGCAGGCGAGAUUAACUUUUGAAAAAGGUCCAUCCUUCACGUCCCAACUAAAACAUGUCUCGAUAGUUGUAAGUAAACUGUGGAAAGAAGCUACCGCCGAACAAAAAACAUUAUAUGAUAGAGUAUCUUAUAUAACGAAACAAGUUCACAAACAUUUAUGGCCAGAUUAUUCGUAUAAGCCGAAUAGGCGCGAAAAUAGAUGCAAUUUUCCCCCUCUUCUACCACCUCCACCUUCUCGUCCUUCUUAUUCUCCUCCGUCACAAUUUCAAUAUAGAAAUUCUCCUCCGUCACAAUUUCAAUAUAGGAAUUCUCCUCCGUCACAAUUUCAAUAUAGGAAUUCUCCUCCGUCACAAUUUCAAUAUAGGAAUUCUCCUCCGUCGCAAUUUCAAUAUAGGAAUUCUUCUCCGUCGCAAUUUCAAUAUAGAAGAACCCUUCCUUUCCCGACUAAUUCACCUUUUUUUCCUCAAAAAUAUUCAUAUUAUCAAAAUUCUCCUCAAAAAUAUUCAUAUUAUCAAAAUUCUCCUCAAAAAUAUUCAUAUCAUCAAAAUUUUCCUCAAAAAUAUUCAUAUCAAAAUAAAGUUCUCCCCUCUCCUAUUUCUUCCUUUUCCCCAAAUAAUACUCAUUUAUUGGAAAUUAAUCCUUCCAAUACUAUGAAUGAACAAUAUGAUAAAUAUAUUAGAAAUAGCCUAAAUAAAUUCUCCCGAUUGUCACUAUAA